UUUGGCUACUCAAGUCUCUCCCACACUCGUUCAGCCAAUUUGGUACCCCUGGUGAAUAGAGAAACGCAGUAAUGGAGCUCGAAAAGCCUCUGGUCUUGGAUUUUUAGGAUAUGUAUUCUGAUUGACAAUUCAACAGCAUACUAUAUAAUGGCACAGUAUGUGAGUUUGAUCACAACGUGCCCCCUCAAAUUGGGGUUUGCUCCUCAGAGAAGAGUUUCCAGUAUAAAAUAUGGAACUUCUGUUUUCAGAUCCUCAACCCGCCGCCUCAGGAUCCGAGCUGUGCAAGAGAAUGAAGGGCCUCGAAGGCUAAUUGAUAUCAUCAGAACCAUUCCCGAGCUCUCGAGGAACUAUUUUCGUAGGCCAUCAAGGAGGGCUCUCUUUGGGGGAAUUUCCUUGUUAGGUGGCUUUUAUGUGGCACAAACAAUUUCUCUGUCAUUUGGAGCAUUAGGAGUAAAUGAUGUGAUCGCUGCUGUGGUAUGUGUUUUAUUAACGGAGUAUGUGACCAGGUUUUAUUACAGCCGGCCGAAGGUAACCUUCCCCAUUGCUCUUCUCAACAAUUUCAAGAUGGGAUUCACUUAUGGCCUCUUCAUUGAUGCUUUCAAGCUUGCUAGUUAAUUAUGCUGACGAAACCAUUUGAGUCACUCGUCUUUUUGAGACAUUUUGGUUCUGUAAAGCUUACUUUCGAGUUACAAUAGUUGUUAAUUAUGCUUUUAAGCUUGAUUUA